AGAAUGGAGUUGAAGAACAUCACGGUGAAGGCUGAAUUCUUUCUCUUGGGAUUUAGUGACCAUCCAGAGCUUCAGAGUGUUCUUUUUGCUGUGUUUUUUUUCAUCUAUUCUGUUACCCUUAUCUGGAACCUUGGGAUGAUUUUCUUAAUCACAAUCAGUUCCCACUUGCACAUCCCUAUGUACUUUUUCCUCUGCAUAUUGUCCUUCACAGAUGCAUGCUCCUCUUCUGUCAUCACCCCCAAAUUACUUGUGGACUUGGUUUCCAAUAAGAAGACCAUUUCUUACAAUGGCUGUGCUGCCCAGUUCUAUUUUUUCUGCUCUUUUGUUGACACAGAAUCUUUCCUCUUGGCUGCCAUGGCUUAUGACCGGUACAUAGCAAUCUGCAACCCCCUGCUUUAUACUGUCAUUAUGUCCAAGAGGAUUUGCUGUCAGCUUGCAAUUGGAGCAUUUUUGGGGGGCACUUUGAGUGCAAUUAUUCAUACUACUAAUACCUUCCUUCUGUCUUUUUGCUCCAAAGAAAUUAACCAUUUCUUUUGUGAUAUCUCCCCACUCUUCUUGCUGUCCUGCACUGACACUUACAUGCAUGACAUUGUUCUGGUAAUCUUUGCUAGUUUGGUGGAGGCCAUCUGCCUUCUAACAGUUCUUCUCUCUUAUGUCUGCAUCAUAGCAGCUAUUCUUAAAACAGGUUCUGCUGAGGGAAGAAGAAAGGGCUUCUCCACUUGUGCUUCCCACCUGACUGUGGUCACUAUUUACCAUGGUACCCUGAUCUUCAUUUAUUUGCGGCCUAGCACUGGUCAUUCACUGGAUAUGGACAAAGUGACCUCUGUGUUCUACACACUGAUUAUACCUAUGCUGAACCCCCUAAUUUACAGUCUAAGGAACAAAGAUGUAAAAAAUGCCUUGAAGAAAGUGAUUUUCCAAAAGUCACUUUCUUAA